AUGUCAGACACCCCUUCACAGCCUACUCUACCGUCUCCCCCUUUCUACGUUGUAGAAGGCGUCAACAACCUCAGAGAUGUCGGUGGUUACACCGUCUCCCCCACCACUUCAGUACGGCGCAACUUCAUAUACCGGUCUGCGCAUCUAUCAAGCGUAACACCCACGGGAGCAAAGACUCUAGUCGAUGAGCUGGGCAUAUCAUACAUCUAUGACUUCCGCUCCGAGGUCGAAAUAGCCCGGUAUCCGCUCGUAGACAUACCAGGCACCACAUUCAUUCAUGUGCCCGUGUUCAAGGGCCAGGACGCAAGCCCAGCCAACCUGGCGUUAAGAUAUAAAGACUACGCCGCCGACGAGGGGCCUGCAGGAUUUAUACGUGCGUAUAAAGAUAUUCUCGUCAGCGGAGCAAAGUUUGCAUAUAAGGUUGUUUUCGAACAUAUUCGAGACCAGCCUACGCAGUCGCUGCUAUUCCACUGUACGGCCGGGAAGGAUAGGACGGGUGUGUUCGCUGCGCUGGUGCUGAGGCUUGCGGGCGUGUUGGAUAAUGAAGUUAUUGGUAAAGAGUACGAGCUUACGCAGGCUGGACUGGACGGGCUUCGGGAGGAGUUUAUCCAGAAGCUGCUCCAGCAUCCUUCUGUUGGCGGGGAUCGCGAUGCAGCGGUGAGAAUGACGAGUGCAAAGGCCGCCGCCAUCAUUGGGACGCUUGAAUGGUUGGACAAUGAGUAUGGGGGUGUGGAAGGGUACAUGAGGAAAGAGAUUGGGUUUAAUGAUGAGGAUAUCCGGCGGAUCAAGAAGAAUAUCGUUGUCGAAGGGUCUGGAGUUUGCCUGAACUGA